CUAUUGCUCUCAUUUAUUUCUUCAAUUAAAGCAAACACUUAUUUUCUCCAACCAUGAAAGGAAUGGAUAUCUUCUGUUCAACGCCUGCUUCCACAGCCGUCUGCUCUAGCAUGGUGAGCCACCGUUCCAUCCGCCCUACCCAUAGCUCUAAACUACCUUAUGCUCCUUGUUCAUCACAAUUGCCCAUAAUUCCUCGGCCUUAUCACGACAAGAGCAGAAAGAGUAAUUCGGCUAAGCAAAGUGAUUUACGUCGAAAAAGUGCAGCCGACAUAAAAGAUCUGAACAUCAAUCAUGGUUCGUCUCGAUAUCUUCUUAGUGAUAAACCCUUUAUUGACUGGCUAUCGGAGUCUGAUCCUGUCUCAGCAUUGGUUCCUGCUGAUCAAUCUGCAAAGUCCACGCAUGUAAGCUCAAAUGAGUCUCCUGCUUCAAUUAAGUCCUCUUCAACUACCAAGUCCCCGGACCAGGUUGUGGUUUUGAGGGUGUCAAUUCAUUGCAAGGGCUGUGAAGGAAAAGUGAGAAAACAUAUCUCAAAAAUGGAAGGAGUGACAUCAUUCAGCAUAGAUUUGCCGACAAAAAAGGUGACAAUCAUCGGAAACGUGACUCCUUUAGGCGUGCUUGCAAGUGUUUCAAAGGUGAAGAGCGCGCAGCUUUGGCCAACUUCAACAAGAACAUCAUCAUCACCAUCUUCAAACUCUCCUGUGGUCAACAUGAGUUACAAUAAAUAAAACUACAUAGAAGGGUGUGUGUCUUUCUGUCUGUGUAUUUACAGGUUGUGUUAGAUCGAUGCUUAAACAACUUAUUAAUAUUAAUAACGUCCGAUAUGUAAUGUAAAUGUGUAAAAUGUUUUAUGUAAGGGAUUGGAAUCUCAAUAUUAAUUUGUUGUUUAACAA